AUCAUGAAAAGAAACUUCACCUCAGUUUCCGAAUUCAUUCUCCUGGGAUUGACCAACAGGAGGGAUCUACAGAUAAUCCUCUUCCUGCUGUUUCUAGCUAUUUACUUGGUGACUAUCGCAGGAAACGUUGGUAUGAUUGUUCUCAUCCAGGUCAACGCCAAACUCCACACUCCCAUGUAUUUCUUCCUGAGUCACCUCUCUUUUGUGGAUCUGUGUUUCUCCACUAAUGUCACUCCAAAGAUGCUGGAAAAUUUCUUGUCCAGAAAGAAAACCAUUUCCUAUCCUGCAUGUCUGGUGCAAUGCUAUCUUUUUAUUACUUUGGUCCAUGUAGAGGUCUACAUCUUGGCUGUGAUGGCCUUUGAUAGGUACAUGGCCAUCUGCAACCCUCUGCUCUAUGGCAUUAAGAUGUCCAAGGGUGUUUGUAUAUCACACGUCACAGUGCCUUAUGUGUAUGGAGCACUGAUUGCCCUUAUGGAAACCAUGAGGACCUACAAUUUAGCCUUCUGUGGUCCCAAUGAGAUUAACCAUUUCUACUGUGCAGACCCAUCUCUGAUCAAACUGGCUUGUUAUGACACCUACCAAAAAAAGACAUCCAUGUUUGUGGUGGCUGGAUGCAAUCUUACCCUUUCUCUCCUCAUUAUCUUGGUUUCCUACCUUUAUAUUAUACCUGCUAUCUUGCGACUUCGUUCCACAGAAAGCAGGCGUAAGGCCUUUUCUACCUGUGGCUCCCACCUCACAGCUGUCACUAUAUUCUAUGCCACACUUUUCAUCAUGUAUCUGAGACCCCCCUCGAAGGAGUCUGUAGAACAGGGGAAAAUGGUGGCUGUGUUUUAUACCACGGUGAUCCCCAUGUUGAAUCCCAUGAUUUAUAGUCUUAGAAAUAAGGAUGUGAAAGAAGCACUGACCAAAGAGUUGUUAAGAAAAAAAAUGUUCUCUUAA